CGAAACUUUAGUUGUAGUAAUCUCAUCUGUGGUGUAUAAAUGCUAAGUUGGUAAUUCGUGUUUACAAACAUGGCAACUUAGUGAGUGACAGGUACUGAAUAUUUUCGUGCCAUCAUUUAACUGCGUGUUUAAAGGUUGCAAUGGCUGAAAGAGCGGCACACCUAACAGCUACUUCGCAUACAAAACCUUCGAUAUUCGAAGUUGUUGCCCAGGAUUCACUGACAGUAACAUUUCAUCCGGCCUUAAAGCGUGUUGCUAUGUUCUUGGCAUCAUGUAACCCUGAGAAAUAUGGGUGGCUUAUCGGUUGGUUUGAGGAAGUCUACUUUGCAUUUAACACCAUACUUCAGUACUGUUAUUUAAAGUGUCAUGGUGCCUCAUUUGCAGAGGCAUUCUAUGGCUUACAACGCGUGCCAUUACGUGGCAUCUCGCUGCACUGCCCUCGGCUGCCACCCCACGAGGAGGCCGUCUCUUUGCUGUGUCUGUGUGUAGUUCCAUACCUUCGAACCAAGCUGGAGGACAAAGUGACACAGUACCAACUACAGGGGACAUCUGAGGGCUGGGUGCGACUCCAUUCAGUUCUGCAUUCGGUGUGGGAGGGUUGUGUGCUGGGGAACUACCUCUGCUACAUGAAUGGGAGCACUGCAAGCCAUUCACCACUCCUCCACCUGGCUGGUGUCACACUGCAGUACACACCUGAACAGACACAUGAGUCCAAGUUCCCGCUUCUGUCGGCAAAAUUCGUGGGCUACCUGCUGAUGCACACAUUGGAGUUUGGAGCGUUUUUCCUUCAGUUCCUGCAGUGGUGGCAUUCAGAGGACAAGCUGCGCACCAGUCUCACUGCCCUACCUGUCCCUCCCCCUUGUAAGGUGUCAGCCGAGGCAAGGCAAUAUGGCAGAGUGUGUCCAAUAUGUCUCCAAAACUGGAAGAUUGAAACUGUACUGUCUGUAUCUGGGUUUGUGUUCUGCUACCGCUGCAUUGUGCAGUACAUCCGGGACAACCAUUGCUGUCCAGUGACCAAAUAUCCUGCAGAUGUAGGAGACCUAAUCCGAAUCUACUCCAGCCACUCCUGACACUUGGGGUGGACAGUAGUGUAAUCUAUCACAGUGUACUUUAUAAAGCGCAAGGGAACUUAUGGGACUGUUCUUACUUCUUGGAUUGUCUUUCAUUGAUUCUGGAGAAGACUUAUUUAAAAUUAUACAGUGAAGGAAUGUAAAUAAUAAGAAAGUAUUAACAUCAAUUGCUUGUUCUGACCCUUGGUCAAGAAGCAUCAGAAUGUAACAGUGUCAAAAUCAGAGUAAUAUGAACCAUAUUUCAGUUUC